AUGAUAAACUCCACGCAGGUUUUAUAUUUCACACUAAGUGCCUACUUGGACACAAAGGGCUUCAAGUCUUUAUAUUUCAUCAUUAUAAUGUGUCUGUAUGCCUUCAUCUUGUUGUCCAACCUGCUGCUCAUCGUGGUGAUCUGUGUGAACAGAAGUCUUCAUGAACCCAUGUACAUCUUCCUGUGCAGCCUGUUUGUGAAUGAGCUGUUUGGUAGCACAGGUUUGUUUCCUCUCCUCCUGGUUCAAAUUCUCUCAGACGUUCACACUGUGUAUGCUCCUCUCUGUUUUCUGCAGAUCUUCUGUGUGUACUCCUAUGUGUGUAUAGAAUAUUUAAACUUAGCCGUCAUGGCUUAUGACAGAUACCUUGCUAUCUGUUAUCCUCUACAAUAUAACACAUGUAUGACUGCUAAAAAGGUGGCCAUUCUGAUUGCUGUUGCAUGGUUUUUCCCCUUUCUUGCUGUUGUUGUGUUGAUUUCCUUGAGUGCUCCGCUGCAGCUGUGCGGGAACAUCAUUAACAAAUUGUACUGUGGAAACUACGCCAUCGUCAAACAGGCGUGCUUCGACACCAGAGUAAAUAACAUCUACGGACUCAUUCACACAGUCAUCUCCAUCAUUAUCCCUCUCUGUCUGAUUCUCUACACGUACAUGAAAAUACUCAAAGUUUGUUAUCGUGGAUCCAAAAAGACGAGGCAGAAAGCUGUCAGCACCUGCACGCCUCACCUCGCCUCUCUGCUCAACUUCUCCUUCGGCUGUUGUUUUCAGAUCAUACAGAGCAGGUUCACUUUAAGUGUCCCCCAUGUGUUGGAUAUAUUAUUAUCUAUGUAUUUUCUGACAUGCCAGCCUCUCUUUAACCCAUUACUGUACGGGCUGAAACUGCCGAAAAUACAUAAUAUAUGUAAACGUCUGAUGUGUGGUGAUGUGUAA